AUGAGUGUGCAAUACAAUAGAAUCCGAAACUCAGAGAUCAAACUGCAAGAUGUGAAGGCACAAAAUAUACCUUUCGCAGACGAUGCAAUGGUCAUGAACCGCAAUACGCCGACCGGGGACCCGCCUGCCCCCAAGCGACUUAAGAAAAAACUGUGUCCACCUACGCCAACGGACGAUCGCCUGCCUACAAAGAAAAACGACGACUUGAUUACCACCGCGCAAGUGGCUGUUAAAGUACCACAGGACACCUACCGACGACUAUUUGACCUCCAGCUUGGGGAGAGUAACUAUUUCACCGUUGCAGAGGAGGACCGAUCUCAUCCAGAAAGGCAAUCAGUCGUGAUUAUUAAGACUUUUACCGGCCCUGCGGCAAAAAGCCAGAUACAAGCGAUACGCAGAAUUCAGCACAAUCGGUUUGUUGAUGCCAAGGAAUUUCUCCCCAUAGAUGAGGGAUACCUUGUGUCAUUCGAAUUCAUGCCCCUCGCACUAUGUGAAAUUGCAGGCAAUCCUCUUCUGAAUGAUGUACGACUGGCGUCGGUAGUGGGACAGAUCGUUGAUGGGCUUCUGUACCUAGAACAAAAUGGUCUCGAGCACUCGAGUCUUACCUGUUCCAACGUCUUAGUAGACUUGUUUGGCAAUGUUAAGAUAUGGAACCAGGAACACAUCAAACUGUCGGCCGGGAGAUAUCAACAUGUCGAGGCUCUGGGGGAAAUUAUCAUGUACCUUGCUCAUGGCCAGGCCAGGGAUGAUGGGAUUGUGGGCCUGGAUGAGCCCCAGCGAUUCCCGUUGGCAUUCGAUUUUCUCUCCGCCACACAAACAGCAUGCAAAUUAAGCACCGUUACUGAAUGCGAAUACGUUCUUUGGUGUUUGCAAAUUGAGCCCUCUAGUGGUGAUCCCGCCUACGACCACGUGAAUCACCGCCAGUACGAAAGCCAGAGUCCCUAA